AUGGCUCUUGGGACUCUUGAAGUUAUUCUAAUAAGUGCAAAAGGCCUUCACAACAGUGAUUUUUUCGGGAAAAUGGAUCCUUAUGUGAUUCUCACUUAUCGCAAUCAGGAGCACCGAAGCACUGUGGCUAAAGGUGCAGGAUCUAACCCCCAUUGGAAUGAAAGCUUUCUUUUCACUGUUUGUGACAGUGUCUCUGAACUUAAUCUGAGGCUAAUGGACAAGGAUACGUUAACUAGUGAUGAUUUCCUUGGUGAGACAAGAAUUAAUCUGGAAGGUGUCUUUAAUGUGGGGAACAUUCCAGAAACUACUUACAAUGUUGUGAAGGACCAAAACUAUUGUGGGGAGCUCAAAGUGGCACUCACCUUUAAUCCUGAGAGAUGCUACUGA